AUGAGUGAGUGCUCUGGAGCAGCCGUUUCUGGGGCGGUGAUUCUGGAGGAGCCAGAGGGUCCUGGGGGCUCAGGGGGCCGUGGGGAGGGUCAGGCCCAGGACCAGGGGCCCCUGCGUUGCGGAGGUUGCACACUGUGGCCACGCCAGCAGACAUGGCUAUGUGUGGUCCCUUUACUCAUUGGUUUCAUUGGUUUGGGAUUGAGCCUAAUGCUACUGAAGUGGAUCGUUGUGGGGACAGUUAGGGAUUACGUGCCAACGGACCUGGUGGAUGCUAAUCGAAUGGGCCAGGAUCCUAUCUUUCUCUCUAAACCUAGUGGCGUCCCUAAAAACCCUGAUACAACCACCACCACGACAAUCGGCGGAGGCAACCCCACAGCUAGAACUGUAACGGUGGCCAAAGGUAUAACCCAAUCGGCUACCACUACUACCACCGUCAACCCGAGAGGGGGCGGAGCCUCAGGUAGUCAGGUGACUCCUCGGAAUCCUGGAAAUCGUAAUGGGCGAGGACCCGGGGUUAUGGCAACAACUUCAACUGCUUCUCGAACCAAUUCUGCCACGGGGCCGGCGACCCCCAGCCCUUCUCCAUCCAACCCCACUGUCCUCCAUGACUCAACGCAGAUGUGGACCCUGGACCACACCACCACUCAGAGGGCCUCCACCACGCUCACCACACGCAUUCACGGCCAUCACAAAACACCAGCGUCUCCUACCACCCCUCCACUGCGGUCUGAACAUUUCAAACCUUGUCAUGAAAAGGACCUGGCCUACUGCCUCAAUGAUGGGGAAUGCUUUGUCAUUGAGACUCUCAGCGGGCCUCACAAGCACUGCAAGUGUCGAGAGGGAUACCAGGGAAUCCGCUGUGACCAGUUCCUACCGAAGACUGACUCCAUCCUGUCAGACCCAACAGAUCACUUAGGCAUCGAGUUUAUGGAGAGCAAGGAGGUGUCCAAGAGACAGGUCCUGUCAAUCACAUCCAUCGCUAUGGCGAUCAGCCUCCUGGGUACCCUCUGUAUGGCUCUCUACUGUCGCAACAAGAGGCGCAGAGAGAAGCUCCAAGCCCACCUGAAAGAGUCUCGCAGCCAUAAGAACUACAGUGCCAAUGCUCCGAACGCCCUGGACGCCAAGGCUGGGACCGCCAACACCAACAUGCAAAUGCACAAGUACUGUAAAAGGUCCUCCCAAUCUCGCGAGGGCACUGUCUGUGAAUCCAGCUUUUGCAAUAUAAACAACACUCCUUCCAACAGCUCCAGAGGGCCAGUAAAAUAUUACAGAAGUGGUUCCUUGUCCCACAGCCCAGACCAGAGAGCUCGGGCAUCCCAUUGGUCAGUUCCACGAAGGACCCCUCCUAUACCCAGAGGAAGGCUGAAUCCAAUUGGGGGAUCCAAAUAUUCAAGCCCCGCCUACCAACACCUCCAGGAAGUAGAGCCAUCUGAGAGAGAGGCUGAGGGUCAGAGAGGGAGCAAGCAGGAGGGAGAGAGCCCAGCCCAUGAUGCCAUACAGGACACCAUCCUGCAUAUACGACCUCCUGUUGCAAUGGAGACCACUUCAUCAUCAUCAUCAUCAUCAUCACCAUCAUCGUGGGGCAGCCACGUGACGGUGAGUGCUCCUUCUGAGCGCCAGGAUCCGAUUCCCAUCAGCCGCAGCCUCCGGAGACCCAGCCGGCGCCCUGGCCACUCCUCCCCUCCUCCAUUUCGCUCUUGUUCCAUCCCUAUCAUUCCCUCUGUUCAGGGUCACCAUGACAACGAAAUGUCCUGUAUGCAAACCAGCGCCGCACCAGCAGCCGAGUCCUCGGCUGUGUCGGUCACUUGCUGCGCCACUCCGCUUAAGGACGAAGGAGGACCAAGAGAGGGAGCACGUGAAACGUCCUCGUCCUCCUGCUCAUCUGCCAUUGGUCAGCCAGAGGAGGAGGUGGCCCUGCUGCUGAAGGAGGCUCAGGAGCAGCUCAGUGCAUUGGCUCUGGCUCAUCGGAGGCAGGAGGAGGGCAGACUCAGCAGUGGGUCGGUGGCUUUGUCUGUGCAGGCCAGAGAAACUGUGUGCUUUCUGAGCCCCAAUGGAGGAGGAGCUGGAGGUCUGAGCUCCAACGGACCCACAGAAACCCAGUUGUUCAGCCACAGUCUAUCACACAGAGACGUGGGCCAAACUGGCAAAUGA